AUGCUAUACAUAGUUUAUGUGCUUGUACCACAAGAAUCUACAUCAUCAGUGAUUCUCUAUGCUACUGCUACAACUACUCCACAAUUUAAUCAGCAACCAGUUAGUGUAGAUACACAGGACGAUCUUUCACAAUAUAACUAUGAUCAUAAAGAUAAACAAACAAUUGCACGAGAAAAUCAAUUUAAUUUGGAGGGUAAAAAUACGGCAAUACGUCGUAAAAAGAAAAAUCCUCGUAUGUAUACAGAUUCGUUUGCUAUAACUUGUUGGUCAAAUGUAACUAAAGAAAAACUUCUCGAAUGUACCGUUGGAGGUUUUGAUCGAGCUAGUAUUCAAUAUGUAUGUGUGAUGAGUGAGAUUGGAACUAAACAAACAAGGCUUUUACAAAUCUUUCAACUAUGUCAACAAACAAUACCGAGAACGACAACAACUCAUACAGAUGCUGUUGUGUCAGCCUGGUUAAGAGAUUAUUUUCGUCAUCCAAAGCGUCCAAAAUGUCUAGUCAUCAUCGGACCAACAAGCACCGGCAAAACUUCGUUUCCAUUGUCUUUGCCCGGUCGAGUAUGUUAUUUUAAGGGACGAUUGUGCUUGAAUACAUGGAGCGACGAUGCUCGUUAUUUGGUCUUUGAUGACAUUCCAUGGGACGAAUUCGAAAAUCGUAAUUUUCCAAGCAAGAAAGACUUAUUAUCAGCCAACGGUGCUGUUGCUGUUACAGAUAAAUACCAGCCAACUGUAACAAUCAAUGUCAUAAUGCCAUCGAUUGUUCUUUUAAAUCCCGGUGAUGAGGGCUCUUUAACAGCAAUACCUGUCACCGAGCAAGAACAACGCCAGGCUAAAUACUGGACAAAAAGAGCUGUUGUUUAUUGA